AGCUCACGGGAAGUGUCCAAACGCUCCGUCUUACCGGAAGUCUCUACCCGCAAGCACAACAAAUCUCGCAAAUCCUCGUCGUCAGAGUACGUCCGCGAAAUCACAACCAAGUCGUUCCGCUGGUCCUGUUCCCCCUCUACUCCAGCAGAAGCCGCAGCAAGCACGGAGUGUCGCUUUAACCCUUCUGAACCAGCAGCAAGUUUACUCGUCACCGUCACCCGUCGAGCAGCGUUUCGCGAUUCCCAACGUGAUCGUCCCUCUCGCCGGUCAGCCGCAGCAAGUUCGCGGUGAGGUGGCGUCCUGACACUGGCUGCGGCGGUCUCAGGUGCUAUAGAAGGAGGUGACCAGAACCAACCGUUUUAAUCCAAACCGGUGUGGACCGCCGCUAAAGUGAACUCAGCGCGCCACGGAACACGGUCCGGCUUGAAAAGAUGCUCACGGCAAGCACCUCGUCUUGGGUGAAGUUCUUUACCAAAGCCGGCAUUCCAUCGCAGGCGGCCGCCGGGUACGCGCAUGUGUUUGUUGAGAACCGGUUCCAGAUAGACAUGCUGAUGGACGACGAUGGGAGACUUCAUUGCCAUCCUGUGCCACCUGAAGACAGUUUGCAACCAGAGUGCCCGCGACCGGGUGCUGUCCUCGCAGUCGGCAGUCGUCGAGGUAGCAGCGGUUUCCGCCACGCUGAGCAACCCACCCAAAUCGGCGGUGUCCCGCCCCAGCUCGGCGGGGUCUCUGCCGAGCAAAUCGCGGAAAGACUUUUUCGAGCACAAAAUCACACUUCCGGCUGGCGGCGGAUCUACCACGAACAUUGUGCGCAUCGACGGUCGGUAGCAUAGCAAGUGGAGUGCCGUCGUCAAACGGCUCGAGCGCAACUCCAAUGACGAAGAGGAGGAGGAUGGAGAAUUUGACGACGCCGGAAACGGAAGGAAACCGCCGAAGAAUAUGGCCUCGAAGGUCACACUCAAGAAUAUCGAGGCGCUUGGGAAGAAGAGUGACAAUUUCGGAGGCGGCGGCGGUUCAAUCUUUUCGCGGCU